AUGCGAUCUCCUGUGCCGUCGCGCAGUCUCCUGCGCUUCCUGCGCACCCAGUCCGAGACGGCCUUUUUCACGCCGAGUCGUCAUCCCCUCCAAGGCAGCGCCAAGGCGAGCGGCGCGCGCAUCUGCGGUCGCCGCGUCAGGCUAUACAAUACCGACACAUGUCCGUGUACGACGAUGACGACGCCUGCCCUGGAGGCGUCGCUGUGGCCGUUUGGCCGCGCCCGCCCACAGCAGCGUCGGGAGCUGAGCUCCACGACCAAGGCCAGCGGAUGGUACAAGUCCCGCAGCGCCACCGACAGCAGCAGCGACCCGGCCAGCUCCUGGCAGGAGAGGCUUUGGGGCAUGGCUGCGCGACGCGGCUUUAAGCCGCUCAAGCCGGACGACCUCCCCGGCGGCCACGACGACCUCGAGCACGGGUCCAUGUUCAACAGCCGUCGGGUCAUGACGGCCAAGGCGGCGGCGGAGCCGCGACUGCGUUGCACCGAGGUGGACGAGCAUGGGCAGGUGAUUCUCGUGGACGGGGAGUUUAAGAAGUCGGAGCUAAUUGCCAAGUACGGGCUGUUGCCCCGUGACUUGCGAAAGAUCGACUCGUCCAACCUCCCCCACAUCCUCGUCCGGCCCGAAGCGAUCCUGCUCAACCUGCUGCACCUCAAGGUGCUCAUCAAGAGCGACCGGGUGCUGCUGUUCGACAUUUACGGCUCCAAGACGUCGUACCCGCAGUCGGCCUUCAUGUACGACCUGCAGGGCAAGCUGCAGCAGCGCAACCCACCCACAUCGGCGGGGGGCUCGCCGCCGGGCCUGCCGUACGAGUUCCGGGCGCUCGAGGCGGUGCUGACGUCGGUGACGUCGGAGAUGGAGGCCGACUUCGAGGCGGUGCGCGAGCCCGUCAUGCACAUCCUGAGCGCCCUCGAGGACGACAUUGACCGCGAGAAGCUGCGCAACCUGCUGAUCCUGUCGAAGCGCGUCAGCACGUUUGAGCAGAAGGCGAAGCUGGUGCGCGACGCGAUCGACGACCUGCUGGAGGCGGACGACGACUUGGGCGACAUGUACCUGUCGGAGAAGAAGCGCGAGUCGACGAGGGCGGCGGACGACCACACCGAGGUGGAGAUGCUUCUGGAGUCGUACCACAAGAUUGCGGACGAGAUUGUGCAGGAGGCGGGCAACCUCGUCUCCGGCAUCCGCAACACGGAAGAAAUUGUCCGCGCAAUUCUCGACGCCAACCGCAACUCGCUCAUGCUGCUGGACCUCAAGUUCAGCGUGGGCACGCUGGGCCUUGCGAUGGGCACGUUCCUGGCGGGCCUGUACGGGAUGAACCUCGAAAACUUCAUCGAGGAGACCAACUGGGGCUUCGGGGCGGUGACGACGGUGUCGACCGUCUUCUCGCUGAUGGUGUGCUGGUACGGGCUGGUGAAGCUGCGGCGCGUGCAGCGCAUCAAGAUGGCGAGCGGCGAGCGGCUGCCGGGCCUGCCGCGCGGCUACCCGCACUACCUCCAGGACGAAGGGGCCGGGGCGAUGGGCGGGCUGCUGCUGGACUCGCGGAAUCGCGAGAUGCUGAGGCGGCUGCACUCGCAAAAGGCGGCGCCGAAGAAGACGUCGUGGUUCUGGUGA